AUGAUUGUAACCUCAGUUGUUACAUCUCACGCAGAGAAAAAGGGGACGGAGAAGGAGUUUUGGGUUUUUCUCACAGUGCCAGCUCAGUUUAUCCCGGGCCGGACAGGGGCUGGUCUGCUUAUACUCAACGGCUUCACAUUCUACAUGAAGAACCACCAAGCACACGGGAAGAAACAGUGGUACUGCUCAUCCAGAGAUGUCUUCGGGUGUCGGGCUGAUGUUAUAACGUACAAAGAAAUAUACUAUCUUCCGUCGCACCGCACUGGCAGUAUGGUGUUGAUAUUCAAAGACAACAAGUACUGGAUCAACAAUAGGUAUCAGAACACCAUAAAUUGGACGUGCAGGGACCGCAAGAGGCUGGGAUGCAACAGCUGCGUCCAGACAACCGUUGAAGGACGGUACCUGAAGCAUAAGGGGUUCCACAACCAUGCUGACAACUACACCAAGUAUAACUUCAAUGAUUGAUCUAUAAAAAUAUCUAUCGUAACUUCAGAUGAGAGUUGUCAGCAAGCCAACUAAGGGUAAGGCUCUCCACGUGUUCAUUGAAGCGGAGAGGUGAAGCGGAGCGGAGGUGUGCCAAUAUUAAUCAAUACUUCCUCUCCGCCCCGCUGUCCCACUCCGCAUCAAUGGACAGUUCUCCGCUUCAAAGGGGCGAUUUGUAUAUAAUAUUUCACAAUAUGUCUAGAGAACUUAAAUAUUUUGAUCUCAUUUUUGACGCAUCAGUGAAGUUUUAACUGUGCCUUCUUACUGGAACUUUUUAAGACAUUUCAGAGUCUGCAGAAGAAUCUCUGGCAGUAUAAAGGGUUAAUUGAAAUGAGAUAAAAAUUUCAAGGGUUCCUUCAUCCUUGGCGUAUCCAGU